AUGAGCGAUUGGAACAGCGACGACGAGGGCCGCGGGGGUGGCGGCCGGGUGCCGACGCACGAGGCCCCGACCGAUGAGGCGAACCGCGCUGCACUGCGGCAUCGUAAGCGUAUCAAUCGAAGCAACAAGUUGGUCGUGAACUUUGAUUCCGAAAGUCGGCGCGAGUUUAUCACCGGCUUUCACAAACGCAAGCUCGAGCGAAAGCAGGCUGCAAAGGAUGAAGCUGAAAAGCUGGUCCAGGAAGCUCGCCGUCAGGCGCGCCAAGAGAAGCGCGCGCAGCGUGAAAAGCGCCUACAGAAGCUGCCUCAACUCCCCGCCAUUCUGACCGAGUCGGCCCCAGUUGCGGGCGAUAGCGAAACGAGCCGAUUUGAUACUGCCGAGUCCAAGGUAACCGUGCAGGUCACGCCGCUCGAGUUGGCAGAUGGACCACCCGCUGGCGAGGAUCUCGAGGCCGAGGCGCCCAAGCCUGCAGGGCGAGCUAGCUCUGGUGGCAAGCGUGGCAAGGCAAGUGCUGAGCAGGAAAAGGCCAAGAAAGCCAAGUUUGCCAAGGCACAGAAGCUCGUGGAUCGUAACAAGUCUAAACAAGCCGGCGGAGGCCGAAGAGGUCGCGGCGGCAGUGGUCGCGGCGGAGGGCGAGGCCGAGGCAGUCGCGGUGGCCGUGGCCGUGGCGGACGAGGGGGUGGCCGAGGACGCGGUCGUUCCAUGAAGCACUUUGACUAG